AUAAUUUUAAUGCAGCUAAUUCUCCGACGUUCACCGGCAGGUUGUCCAGCAGCUCCUACUUCCGCAUUUGUCUUGAUGGCCGGUCUGUGCGGCGACCGGCGAUCAGAUCAGCCAACGAUCACGUCACGCCGCAGUCACCACUCCGGCAAAUCGUUGUCCAUCCACCGUCAUCGUCUUCAAGACCGCAUCCGAAGGCCGUCGACGAGUAGAGCUACGUCUUCGUGCCGCCGUCCUCAUCUUUGGCCUUGAAUCAGUAAUGCCGCAGCGGCACUCCAGUGCCGGCGCCGCCCAAUUCGGGUGCUUCCGUUAUCGAUUAGCUCGAGACAGAGGUGAAAGCGAUUAUGUUCUGGUAACGCAGCUUGCGCCGUCCAUUUCUCCUCUUCCUCCCUUCGUUUCGGAGCUCCAGCUCGUAUUUUGCCAAUCCCUUCUUUUGAUUUGCUAUUUUUGUCUCUAUUGCAGAUGGGAAAAAGUGAUAAUUCCUCUCCCCAGAAGGAAAUUUUGUUCUUUUCCUCUCCUUCUCCACCUCCUCCCCCCUUCUCUCUACGGAGAAGGCGCUAGGAGGGAGGAAGCCGGAGGAAGAAUUUCACGAGAUGCUGGAGAAGGCUGAGAGCAAUGCCUAUUCAUGGUGGUGGGCGAGCAACAUCAAGGCGAAGCAGUCGAAAUGGCUCGAGAACAACCUGCGAGAGAUGGAGUAUACAGUCACAAAUAUGCUUCAGGUUGUCGAGUCAGAUGCUGAUUCCUUUGCUAAAAAGGCAGAGUUGUAUUUCAAGAGGAGGCCAGAAUUGAUAAGUUUUGUGGAAGAUGCCCACAAAGCAUAUAGAGCAUUGGCUGCAAGAUUUGACCGCGUCUCUGGAGAACUACAAAAAGCCAACCACACGAUUGCAACGCAUUGUCCUGACCAGGUCCAAUAUGCCAUGCUAGAGGAGGAGGAGGAGGAAACUUACCCCAAAGCAAUUACCCCAAUUGACUCAAGUAAAGUUAACAGGAGAACGGUUGAUGGACUGAUGAAGAAGAGGAGAGAAAGUGAAUCAUCCAUAAAGGCAGAUGAGAUAAGGGACAAAUCUCAGGCAGAUGAAGGAAAGGCGCAAGAGGAGAUACAUAAGCUUCAUGAAGGAAUACUAUUUCUGCAAGCUGAAAAACAAUUCAUCAAAAGCUCGUAUGAGAAUGGUAUAGUCAAAUAUUGGGACAUUGAGAAGCAAAUCGUGGAUAUGUAUGAUGAGAUGUGUUGGUGGCGUGAUGAGUUUAGUAGCAGUGAUGUCCUCAAAGAUGUUGAAGAGCGUAUGAUAAUGACAGAACAAGCCCUUAAAUCUUGUGAAGAUGUCAUAGUUAGAUUGCAGGAGCAGAGAAAGACAUCAUUAGAACAAGUACAACUUGAAUACGAAAGAAUCAGAAUUGCUAAAGAAAAGUUGAAUGCUUUAAAGAGAGGCUGUUAUCAAUCUGAGAUGGAUAUGACAGAGUUGGCUAGCGAAACAACAGAGAUAAAUUCCACUGCUGAAAACAUGGCAAAAGAAAUUGAUUCUCUAAACAAGGCAAAGCUAGACCUGCAAGUCAUACAGGACAAGAUCAAGGAAUACUUUGAAACAAACACUGAAAGUUCCACAGCUGAUAUUAUUGGAAACAUAGAUAAACUUGUUGACAAAGUUGCUGGAUUGGAACUUUCAUUUUCAUCACAGGUUGAACAAAUAAAUCAAUUUAUUUCAGUUAGUAAUGAGCUUGAGAAAAAUGUAGAGAACUUGGAAGAGGAGGAAUUGAUUCUAACCAAGGACUCGCAUGUGUUGCCUGAAAGAUUUAAGAAUACCCAAGAUGAGUUGAGGAAAGUUGAGGUGAUUGGCAAAAUUAUCCGAGAUGAAGAAUCUAGUUUCUGUGAAAAUGCACUCGAAACUUGUCAUAGCAUCAAUGCUAUUUUAGAGAAGAUUCUGCCUCCUACACGCACAGAAAAUGUUUGUGAUGAAGUUGCAUUCCCAGAGGAAGAGGCAGCCUCUUAUGCUUGUAGCAUUGAAUCACAUAGUGAGUGUAAGGAUAUAGAAGUAACUGAAUUCCAUGAUGUCAAAGAAGAAUUGUUAGAGAUCGAUGCAACUCAUCCACUUGUUGAAUUUCUAGAAGAAUUUCUCCAGAAAAAGGAAGAUGCUUCACUUAAAUAUGCUUCAGAAGUAGAGAACAAGAAUGAAAACUACAUCCGAGAGAUGAUGGCCCUGAUAGGGGAACUAGUGAAUGUCAUUGCAUCGAGAGAUGAGGAAAUCACCUUGCUGAGAGAACAAUUGGCCUCUCUAAAGGCAAGGUUUGAUCUUUGUCAAGUUGCUUCAUAUGUCGACUCUUGUCACAGUGAGUUGAUGAUCUCAAACACUGCAACUAUUGUGAAAGAUUCUGAGAUGUCUCAAUCUACUCUGCAAAGAGAUUCAUCUGUCAGUGGCAUUAGUGUAGAAUGUGUCUACGAACAAAAGAUAACUCAACCUUUUGAAGAGAAGCUUGGGAAGGAUGUUCAUCAUUUACUUGGCAAAAACUUAGAAUUCUGGUUAAGAUUCAGCACAACAUACCACUAUGUACAGAAGCUCAAAGCCAAGUAUGUAGAGUUGCAAGCUGAUAUCAAUAAGCUGGAUGCCAAUAAGACAGAAGGUGGCAAAACUUCUGAUACUGACAUUCAGACUAGCAAUGCUGAGUCAGAAUCAGUUUCUAAAAGACUGAAUGAAUUGAAGACUGAGUUCUUACUAUGGUCGGAGCAGAGCAUGUUGUUGAGAGAAGAGUUGGAGAAGAGGUUCUUAUCCCUCAACAACAUGCAAGAGGAGAUAUCAAGUGUUGUGAGCAAAAGUUCAUCUGUAGGAGCAUUGUUUACUCCUCAUGAAGCUGCGAGGUUACAAAGUGAAGUGAUGAACAUGAAGCAGGUGAGCAGUAAGGCUUCAGGCCACCUGCUGGUAGGACUUGAUCAAAUCAAGGGGGUCCAAUCUGAAAUCGAGAGGCAGUUGGCUAAGUUGUAUGAAACCUUCCAAAUAUUCAUAUCACGAGGCAAACAUGAUCCAAACAAGUCAGGAGUAGCAUUGAGUGCCUUCCUUUAUGGUUUCAAGCCUAAAAAGCCAUCGAUAUUUUCACGCAUUCUACCUAUUUUCCGGAAACAAAAGGCUAAAGCUCACAGUCGGGUCUAGGUAGAUUCACUCAUUUCGAGUUGGACGAUGUGGAUACCAUCUCAUGAAGGCUGUUCAGGGACAGAUUCAUCUCUUGCUGAAAUGUGUACCAAGGUUCAGAUUUUGAAUCACAUAUCGAUGAUCAAUGAAUCUUUGGAAGGAUAAAUGCAUUUAUCAUUUGAACACUGAUCUUUCAUUUUCUCUUUGUACUUGAAUAAACCAGACACAUUUUUCCUUCUCUGUCAACAUUAUCCUUAUGAUUCCUGAACAAUACAUUCCGAUGCAUAUAAA